GAAACAGGAACAGAAAGUGAAGACUUGUCAAGAUGUCUGGGUGAGGGGGACCAGAGCAGAGCAGAAGCCAGAUGCCAAAUCAGAAACAACAGAAGUUUGAGCAGCUGACUGGAUUAGACAGGAGGGGAGACCUGCGACUUCACAAGUGCCUGCGAGACACACCAUCAUCGAACCACCUUUCUGAAGCCAAUCCAAGAGCCAAAGGGCACGAGGACAAGUGGAAAGUCAAGAAAGCAAUUAGCGGGAUGUCGACCUGUAUAAACAAACUUGGCUGAAGUGCAGAUUCUGGCGAUUUCCUCAAGAUCAGACUCAUCGCAGCUGGGCGAUUUGAAAGAAAGAAAGCGCUCUUAUAAACAGCUUUUGGAACUUCUUUAAAAGAUGCUUUGGUCUUCGUAAAACGAGGCUUCAAAGUUCAGUCCAAGCACAUAGCUCCAUCAGAUAGAACUGUAUCUCAAGGCAACUAUCUCGACUUGGAUUUUCAUGAGUAGAGGGAGCACGUGAAAGUUCAAUCUGACAGCUGUUGGACUGAUUGAGUGUUUCGUUGAGUAAAACUUGAUGUCUUACAACUUUGAAACAAGCUCCAGAUCCCAUAAAAGGACUUUCAACUCAAAUGAACAUCAUAUCUUCAUUACUUUGGUGUCUCUAAUAUACACAUUUACUGUCCUAUAAACCUCACAGCUCUCUGAAGGAUUUAUUAAAAACUUUGCCCGCAGCCAGACAGUCUCGGUUGACGAGGAGCUCUGCAUCCCGGAGCCAUGGACGGGAAAACGGACAGCAUCCAGGAUUUUUUCAAUCAGCUCUGGAGCUUCGCCACGGACAAACACAACCAGGGGGUCUACAACACGGUGUGCCUGGUGGUCCUCCUCACUCUUCCCCUGCUGGUCCUCCUCACUACCGUCGUGGUGUGCUGCCACUGCUGCUGCUGUCGCCAUGCCAACGGCUGCUGCUGCUGCUGUGGAGACGCUAUGGCAACCUCAAGGUCAGAAACAAAGAAGAAAAAGGGCUCAGCCAACAACGACGACUUAUGGAUCUCCGUCAAGACGAGCCCGAUGACACCUGACAGGGUCGCUCUGGCCAUGGUGUAGGAAUCCAUCCUUUAUUUUGACAUCGCUCACCCAGGUGGCAGGCGGAGCUGAUGGAGCGUCUCAAAAUUGGAAAACUGUCUCGGACUCAAAGGAGGCUAAAGACGCCGGUCAAAGUAGCAGGAAGGACUUCACGUCGUAGGGAUUGGGUCGAAAUGUGUAAACAGUGUAUAUACUCUUGUCACUUUGUGUUUGUAUGAUGUCAUGUGUGGUGGUUUUAUGAGGAUGUUUACAGCAUUUUUAUGAGGUUUUUAUGCGUGUGGUACAUAAUGGAAGAAACGGGCAGAGACAAGCACCCGCAAGAGUGUGUCUGUGUGUGUGUGUCUGUGUGUACGUGUGUGUGUGUGUGUGUGUGUGUGUGAGCGAGAGAGAAGAACAGUGUUAUUGAGAGCACUUUGUUCUUAGAGCUCCCAUGUGAAAUUCAUUGCGUCUGUAUUUGGGAGCGAGAGCCAAUUUGAGGUCUGCCCAGUGCUCAGAUAGCUGUAUUACUGCCUACUUUUCACAUUCAGGCUGCAAUGUAGAGUGUGAUUGACUCUCACUCUCUGAAGCAAAACGCACCAACAUCCAGAAAGAAAACUGAACUCACCGCCUGCAGAAAGAAACCUUUAACUUUCUUCAUUUAGAUUUUUUUUCUCCUCCUUCUUUUGUCUAUUUUAUUGACGCGAUAAGUUCUAUUUACAAGAGAUGGACUUUAUCCUCUGCACUAUUCAGGUCAAAUGAGCCUUGAAAGCACAAUCUAUAAUUCAAAAGAACAUUUUUAGUAGACAAUGUAGAAGUCUGUAAUGUUUCCUGGCUCUGUAUUUAUUAAUAUUUUGCACAUCAGUGAACGCAAAAGUGAAAACUUUUUACUUUUUACUCCCACACGCGAGGUUAAGAAUAAUAGCUGUUUAUCAAGUUUCUUAAUAAGUUGAUCAAUAUUCAAUCAUGGAGGGAUGCAGCACCGACAGGGGUGAGCAAACACACUUUGAACAUUUCAGUUUGGCAUUCUUAUGCAAAUAAAUCUGUCCGGUUGAAGCGA